AUAGGUCCGCGAAGGCACCAUUGCCGUCACUCUCCGCCUGCCUGCGAAAAUGGCUGCGGCUGUUGUUGUCCGCAGGUUAGCGGCUCUAUCGGGGGCUUCGGCAGUGGCAGCAGGGGCAUACGGGGCUCACGGUUUCAAAAACAGUGACCCUGAUGACUACCAGAGAGUGCUAUUUGAAACUGCCAACAAGUACCAUUUCUACCACAGCCUGGCCCUGCUGGGUGCUGCCCACUCCAAAAAACCUGCUGUGGCGGGCACCCUGCUGAUAGCAGGCAUGGGGAUGUUCUGUGGCUCCCUGUAUCACCAGGCCAUGACAGGGGACCCUGGUCUGCGAAAGGUGGCUCCCAUCGGGGGCAUGGCCAUGAUCGUCGGCUGGCUGGCUCUGAUUCUCUGAGCUGUGACCGCCUCCCUCCCCCCCCACCCCCCCCACCCUUCAGAGGCGGCCCCCCUACGUGACACUAAAUGGAGGAACUGGAGACCUUGUGAGAGUUGGCUCAGAGACUGAGAGUUAUGUCACUGAUCCAAGCCCCGCCCUGUCCUGGGUGGAGGGUGUCAGCGGGAGAUAAAGUCACAGCAGGAUUAUCACUUUUCUACCAUCGCUGUCUGUUUGGGAUUGCUGUCGCCGCGCUUAAACUGAAUAGUUUUUAUGGCAGGUGAAUUGUCUUCUGGGAAGGAAACCCUGGUAGAUCUUUUGGUUUAUUUAAUUUUUUUGCUAUAUUGCCUCUUACUGCAGUAAAUGCCGUUUAUACAUUCGAGGUAUGGGAAAUAAAUAAAAUAAAGGAAUGUGAAGGAUUUACUAAUGAAAUAAACAUUUUUUUUUUCCUACGU